AUGAUAAUUACUAUAGAUCCAAGUCUUUCUUCUCUGUUCCCCCACCGAAACCCUGACCCUUUCGCCGACGGGCUGGUAGUAAGAGACGUGUACCCCGCGACGCCACCCUCCGCCUUUGUUGACAUUCUCACAACGACAACCGCUUCUAUAAUCUUUCAUCGCCCCUUUCUUUUUUCUCUCUCUUUCUCUCUAAAUACAGUCUUCAGCAUUCGAACCCCACCCUCGAGAGUCUCUUCCCCUGUAGUUAAAUUCAACCCAAGAUGCCCGUCUCUAGUUUUACCAACGAGCACUCUGGCCAUUUCAACUCCGAUGAACUGCAGAAAUAAGGUAAUAUAUUCACACACACACAUCUAUCUAUCUAUCUAUCUAUCUAUCUAUCUAUCUGGAAAAUUAUAUCUAUCUAUCUAUCUAUCUAUCUAUCUAUCUAUCUAUCUAUCAGAUUUUAACGUCUUCAAUUAA